GUUGUCAUUCGGCUUAAGUUCAUACCAGAUGCCUAAUUUAACACAAAUGUUAAUUUAAUAUCUUACAACGUAAGCCUUGCAUUACACUAUUUUACAUUACAUUUAUUUUGCAGACGCUGAAAGCGACGUACAAUAAGUACAUUCCGAAGGUCACUCUCAAAGAAUAAUAUCUUGCAAUAUAGGUGAUACGUUGCAUCCGUAGAAAUAGAUCCAACACAAUGGAAUGAUGACAGGUCGUAAAGUAUGCAGCGAGGCAGUUCGGUGUGAGUAUCGUUUCGAAUCGCCUGUUACUCGCGCAGACUGAAUGGGCAGGAUUUACGACGCCUGACAGCAGAAGCGCCUUUCAUUUUGCAGCAUAGUUCUCUAGUGCGCCUCCCUAAAUAGACUUUCGGCACAGAUGCAAAGAGGGCAAGCUUCGCGGUAGCUGGCAUUGCUGUGUCAGAAAAAAAAAAAAAAAAACACCUGGACGUCACGUUAAAUUGGUUCUCGGAGGUAUGAUUCUCUGAAAUCUAGGAGUGUGGGAAAAAGGACAGGAAACUGUGUGGCGCGCAAUUGUCGAAUGUGGGACUCAUUGCGCUGUCCAAGGUUUUGAAAACCCUGCUGUUGCUUUUCUGCGGCAAGACCAUGAGUUGAGAUUGAAAGCCGUUUCGGACGAGGCAAGAAUACGAGGGAAGAGCCAACCGCGGUGAAUGCUGAAUGCAUGCGCCUAGGUCUCUCUACAUACACUAUUCAGGGUAAAUGGGAUUUCACGUUCACCAAGCAGUAUGUAAAGAUUGGUUGAAGGAUGGAGAAAACAGUUUUAUCUGCUACGCUGCUGUUCCUGAGCUGUCUCGGUGUAUCUUUGGUUCAUGCGGACAGUCUGUCAGCUCCCCUCAAUGUGACUAUCAGGGAGCUUAAGGUGAACUCGGCGGUGGUGACAUGGGACAUCUUUGAAGGGGACCCCGUCAUUGGAUUCGCCAUUACGCAGCAGAAGAAGGACGUCCACAUGCUGCGCUUCAUCCAGGAAGUGAACACCACAACCCGCUCCUGUGCAUUAUGGGAACUGGAGGAGGACACAGACUACAUUGUGCAUGUGCAGUCUAUCAGCCUGAGUGGCACCAGCCCUCCCAGUGAGCCUGUGCGCUUCCGCACCCCAAAGGAGGCUGAAAAACUGGCCUCCAACAGUCCAGGUGUGAUUGCUCUAUUCUGCCGCCAGUAUGACAUCAUAAAAGACAAUGAACCAAACAACAACAAGGAUAAAGCCAAGAACUCGUCAGAGUGUAGCACUCCAGAGCACCCAACGGGGGGGCUGUUGCGCAGCAAGGUCUAAUCAACCCCCCUCCCACCACCACCAGGCCCCAGCCCUGAGCAGCUUCCCAAGAGCUAUAGAAGGCCAUACUGCCCAUAUUCAUGCAAAGGGAUUCCAAAUCAUCAGAGAUUCCAAGUCAAGGGAACAACCAAACAAAAGGCAUUCUGGGAAGAGGCAGGAAUUAUGGGAGUGUUCUCUGAGCCCCGCUGUCCCCGUCCACCCCCUCCUGCCCAGCAGGCGGUGGUCUGAACAGGGAGCUCCUGUGGGUACAGAGAGACAAUGGCCAGACUUGGUCGGACCUGUGAAACUCUUCUUCUACAGGGACGAACCGCCACCCAGAGUGCACCUCUCUGCUCCAAUGCAGCAGCGCAGAUAAGGUGAGAUCUGUCGGCCAUGAAGAAGUAGGCAGUGAAUACACUGAUGUGGGGAGGAAAGGAACAUUUUUCUCAGCUUUCUCUUCUUAUCAGUAAGCAAGGAGGACUUCCACUUCCACUCUUCACUGCCACUGCCUUUUCCACUUUUUAACUCUUCUGCUUUUCUGAGGUGGGAGAGACUUACUUCAAAUUAUCUCUUUUCUGUUUUGAUUCUGUCUUUCUCUCUCUCCCUCGCUCUCUCACUUCUCUCUCUGGCAUUCUGCUCUUUUUAUUCUCUCUUCACUCUGGUCUCCCUAUCUCCCUUCUCUCUUUUACAUGUCUACAUUCAUGAAUGGUUUUAGUCUGAACUUUAUUAGACAAGUACCAUGAAUUUGUCAUUAGAAUGAAAGCUGAUCCUAUUUUCUGAAACUUUAAAGCUUUAUUUAAUCCUGAAACCACGUGAUAGUCAAUGAGAUCUCUUCAGCACAAGAGAUUACUCUUUUCAAUAAGCACAUAAAUCACAUAUUUUUCUUUUUUUAGUAGUAUUGGUAUAAUCAUUUUAAAUAUAAGAUGGUUAUGGUUCUGGUUCUGGUUGAUUAUGAUAACCAUAAUUAUCACUGUUGUUAUUAUUUGUAUUAGUAAUGGUAGUGUAAGCCGUAGCAAUAUCAGUAUUAUUUCGGUCACUUUGAAUAAUUCAUUUUUCAAAAACAAGAGCUGCUAAUACAGUUGUUGAUGAAAAGCAAUCGCACGCCUGGCAUCUCUGUGUUUUUGUCCCACUUAUUGUAAUGCUUCAUCUGUUUCCUUCUCUCUGGCAUAACAAAUCCAACCUUGGAAGUUUUGUGAUCUGUCAGAUUUAGACAUCUCUCCAAAAGGUAUUAAAGGUGAUGUAAAGCCUUAGACGAAAUCUCCAAAGUUACCCAGAGAAGAAACUUAAUCAGUCUUGUAGAUAUUUUGUAGGGGGUCAGCAUUGCUCUUGACCCUGAGAGCAGAGAUAAUCACUGCAGUGACAAGAUUUAUGUCUUUAGUUCACACAAGUUGACCAAUGACUCACAAUGAUGAGGAUCAGCUAUUCAAGAUAAACAUGUUCAGUGUUCAAGUGGUCUGAACUGGAGUUUUACACAGCUAGUGUGCUCAUUGUCAUUGAUUCAAUAAGAUUUCACUGAACAGCAAUAAGUCCAAGGUCAAAAAAGUCAAGAGACAUGAUUCACAAGACACAGACAGCUCAGGCUUUCGAGUGACAGGCAGAGCACAUGGAGGAGCUUCGCUCUGCCGAAAGCUCAUUCCACUGCAGGCUGACACACAGCAUAGAAUCCUUGUCGCUCCCCUUCAUCCUUUCAGCCCAGCUGAUCAAGGGCAAACCCCGUCAGCUCAGCCCCAUUCUGCAAACUGUGCUGGCCUUCUUACAAGUGGGCUGUGGCCAGAGUUACCAGGCUGCUUAGUAACCUCGCUGCUAAAGAUAUAAGCUGUAACAUUGAAAUCAACACUUUGUAAAUAAUUAACAGUGAAAUGACCUUGUUUGAAACCGUGAAGCAGCGCAGAGGGAAAAAAAAUAGGGAAUAAAAAACUCUAGCAUUUGAAAAAAAACUUCACAAAUGAAAGUGAAGUUGUGUGCAAUUAGUCUGUACAGCACAUACUGGUGUGGUCAGCUGUGUCUUCAGGUUGAACCAGCCUGGUUCCAGCUCAGCAGAGGUAGAGUGAACAGAGUCUCAGUGGACCCAUAUCUUAACACAACAGAGCAAACGCCUCAGCUUUUCAGAAAGCAGUUUUCCUACCCAGCUGUAAUUUCCUCUCUGAACGGAUAUGCAAAGUGUUACACGUCUUUUGACUUUUCGUCUUUUUGGGAGAAGCGCCAUCCACCAUACCAUUGUUGGCCAUCAUCAUGGACCCCCGCCACGGUCGCCAACCUUUCAUGUGUUUGCCCACCCCAGGCCACCUCCCACCAACUCCGUUUGCCUUGUUAUCACGGGUGACCCUCCUCUGCGUCACCAGACAGAAGGACAGAUAUUUAAGAGGAAGCACAGAGCAGGCAAGCUCCGCCCCUCUAUUUCCCUCUACAGCACAGUUGCCCUAUUGCAUUUGUCUCUGCCACCAGGACCAGAAGUGACCUGAAGGUGUUCAUCUGCUGGGCUUUCAACAUGUAGCAGAGCAGAUACGUUCCUCAGCCAGCUCAUGCAUAUGAAAAUGACAAAACCGAAAGUCUGGAAUACUGUAAAACUGCCUUAAAUUCCAGGCUGAUGGUUGGAAUUUUUAAUUCUGUCUCUUGACAAGGAAUUUUCUUUUUAUAUAUCCAAUAACCUGUUGUUGAUGUGUUUGUGGAGCGGUUGUUUGAAAAUGCUGUGAUAUUACAGAAAUUCAGUUAUUUUACUGUAUUAAUUUAUAUUGCUGCAUUAAUUUGUCUCAUCUGUAGAAACUAAAAGGCCUGCAUUCGUUUGUGAAGGGACAAGGUUAGGGAAGGCACUAUUAGCAAUGGGACCUUGAUCACUUGAUGUCAGUUUUGGUUAGCAACCAUUUGCUGCUACUAUUUUCUGUUCACUCAUACUCCUGGUAAUCUGUAUUUAUGAAUAGUACUGGUGUUGUUCAAAUCAAAAUUAAAGCCAGCUUGCUAAAGA